CAGACGUCUAGCGGCUUGGCGCCUUGCAGUUACCCGUGAUUUUCGAACCUCGACGAGGCUUCUCCGAAAUAUCCAAACAAUCCCUUCUACAACACCUCAACCUUCAUCAUGACUUCGAUGGCCACUUCCCUCUUGCGGGCAUUGCCUACACCGAAAUAUACUGGCGAGGAGGAGGACAUUCCACAGCACGCGCAACAACGAGGUACUCGAAUUGUCGGACCUGGCACCCUCGAUGACACUCAAAUCGUGCUGAAGAGAUCUGGCCCUCCACCGUAUGGAAAGCGGGCAGGAUGGAGACCCCGGGGGCAAGAAGACUUUGGGGAUGGAGGAGCCUUCCCAGAAAUCCCAGUUGCGCAAUACCCUCUGGAUAUGGGCAGGAAAUCUGGGUCUACCAGCAAUGCGCUGGCUCUACAAGUUGAUGCGGAGGGAAAGGUCAAAUACGAUGCUAUUGCGCGCCAAGGGCACAAUGACAAGCGGAUAGUUCAUGCGUCAUUCAAGGAUUUGAUCCCACUUCGACAGCGUGCUGAUGCUGGGGAUAUCAACCUGGACCGGCCAAGUGAAGAAGAAGUUGCUGAAUCGACACAGAGAACGAAGGAUGCGCUUGCGAAGCUGGUCUCGGGAGCUGUGGCGGCGCAGAAGCCAAAGAAUGUCAAUGUUGGAUCAAGAAAGGAUCCAACUUUCGUACGGUAUACGCCAGCGAAUCAGAUGGGAGAUAACACACGAAAGAACGAUCGUAUCAUGAAGAUUGUGGAGAGACAGCAGGAUCCCAUGGAGCCACCAAAGUUCAAGCACAAAAAGAUUCCAAGGGGUCCACCUAGUCCCCCUCCACCGGUUAUGCAUUCACCACCUCGAAAGCUUACAGCAGAAGAUCAGGAGGCCUGGAAAAUUCCACCCCCAGUUUCAAAUUGGAAGAAUCCAAAGGGUUAUACGGUUCCGCUGGACAAGAGGUUAGCUGCGGAUGGGAGAGGGCUCCAAGAUGUGACAAUCAACGACAAGUUCGCUCAAUUCGCGGAGGCGCUUUUUACUGCCGACAGACAUGCCAGAGAGGAGGUCAAACAGAGAGCGCUUAUGCAACAACGUUUAGCUGAGAAGGAGAAAGCCCAGAAAGAGGAGCAUCUGAGAAUGUUAGCACAAAAAGCGCGAGACGAGCGAGCGGGAGUUGGUGCAGCGAGACGAAACUCCAGAACUUCGAGAUCGCGAUCUGGAAGUUAUAGCGACUCAGGAUCCUCCCUUUCUGGAAGUGAUGACGAGGAGGUUAGGGAGCGGGAGAAAGCACGUGCUGAAAAGCGGAGAGAAGAAGAGCGAAAAUUGAGACAAUCCAGGAUGGGUGCUGAGAGGAGGGUGCAAAUGAUGGCUCGAGAGCAGAAUCGAGAUAUUUCAGAAAAGGUUGCCUUGGGCUUAGCGAAACCUACACAGUCUUCGGAAGGAAUGUUCGAUUCUCGGUUGUUCAAUAGAACAAGUGGAUUCGAUACUGGGUUCAAUGAGGAUCAGGCAUACGACAAGCCAUUGUUCGCCGCUCAAGAUGCAAUAAGCAGUAUCUACCGACCCCGCCAGAAUAUGGAGGAUGACGAUGACGAUGCUGCAGAGGCAGAGAUGGGCAAGAUCCAACGAAGCAAUCGGUUCGGCGAGGCUCUUGGCAAGGGGACCUUCAAGGGGUCUGCGGAUAUUGAGGUGAGCCCUUACUGCAGCGAUCGCUUUAAAAACUAGUGCUAAUUAUGUGACGCAGGCGAGAGAAGGGCCGGUGCAG